CUCUAUCCCACGAGGAGCUAGCAAAGACUAAAAACAACAGCCCCCGACACUGACUCCUCCCAUUAUUGCGACCUAUCACAGGGCCGUGACGUCAUCAAAGGUCCUUCAGCGGGCUGGGAGGUAGCUUCUACGCCACAGCGGAGGAGUUUGUGUGUCGUUGUCGCCGUUAGAGCGACGCGAAGAGCUCCCGUGUGCGCGCCGAGGACCGGGCCUCCUCCGGGGGAGAGGUAGUCACCAUGGGGAAGUCAUUUGCCAACUUCAUGUGUAAGAAGGAUUUCCAUCCUGCCUCCAAGUCCAACAUAAAGAAGGUAUGGAUGGCCGAGCAGAAAAUAACAUAUGAUAAGAAAAAACAAGAAGAUUCAAUGCAACAAUACUUAAAGGAACAGGAGUCCUACAACAACCGAUUACUGCUAGGGGAUGAAAAAGUGAAACAUGGACUUACUUUUAUGUAUGAAGCACCUCCAGGGGCAGAGAAAGAAAUAAAAGAGAACGAGGGAGAGACGGAUUACAAAUUUGAGUGGCAGAAGAUGGCUCCUCGAGAAAAGUAUGCCAAGGAUGAUAUGAAUAUCCGAGAUCAACCUUUUGGUAUUCAGGUUCGCAAUGUGAGGUGUAUUAAAUGUCACAAGUGGGGUCACGUGAACACAGACAGAGAAUGUCCGUUAUUUGGUCUCUCAGGAAUCAACGCAAGCUCGGUCACUGCCGAUGGAGCAGGGCCAUCAAUGCGCCCCUCGGAGUUAAUGGCGGAGAUGAGAAACAGUGGGUUUGCACUGAAACAAAAUGUACUGGGAAGAAACCUGACCGUAAAUGAUCCAUCACAGGGAUAUGUCGUCAGUGAACCUGAGGAAGAUGAUCCAGAAGUCGAAUUUUUAAAAUCCUUAUCUACAAAACAAAAACAGAAGCUUUUGAGAAAGCUAGAUCGUCGAAAGAAAAAGAAGAAAAAGGAAAAGAAAAAGAAGGCACAAAAGAAAAAAAGAAAAAUUAAGCACAAGAAACGCAAAAGCAGCAGUACCUCUGACUCCUCUUCAAGUAGCGACAGUGAAUCCACCAGCGAUGAGAAGGAGAAGCAGCGUAGGAAGAAGUCCAAGAAUAAGAAGCCUGCCAAAGACUCUGAAGAUAGUAGCAGUGACGAUGAAGACAAAUCUCGGUCAAAGAGAAACAAAGAUUCAGAUGAGCCUUCCACUAGCCACAGAAAAGGUCAGGGUGGACAAGAGGACUGUAAGAGCAGUAAAGAUCAUCAGAGGUCCCAUGAUCAAAAAGAAAAGAGGGAACACCACAGAACACAGGACGACAGCUGGGGUUAUCAAAAGGAACCAAGAACGGAGAAGAGUCAUAGACCUGAAAAAUCUAGAUCUUGCAGAAGUCCAAGCAAUGAACGAUCUAGAAGCCACCGGCAUAGAAGCAGGAGUUCAAGCAGAAGUAACCACAGAAAUGGGAGAGAAUAUGAGGAUGGAAAAGAUAAGGGGAAGAGCCGAGAUGAAAGAAGCCAAAGUAGGAGCCGAGAGAGAGAUCAUAACAGGGAGAUAGACAAGGUGUACGUAAUUUCACUUCCAGCUUCUUCACAUGUGGUUUAAACAUCUGUUUCCUAUUCUAUUAAACGAGUUAGAUCUUCAUAGCAGCUAAGAGCAAGUUGGGUUUUUAGAUGCUUCAUAGCAUGUUGUCUUCUCUUCCUGCCUUGAUUUUUAUGUUGACAUUUUUAAGCAUUUCAUGUUCAGGGCCUUUGUGGAAUUAAUACUUUUAUUUGAAAGGAUGAUCUUCUGCCUCCGACUUGAAAAGGAGCAAUAAAAUCAAAUGCGAGUCCA